AGUCAGGUUCUAUCACUCUCUGCUCUCUCUGCCUUAACAACAAAGGUUCAUACCACAUCACAGGUCAUUUCAUUAACUGCCUAAUUAAAAGUUCCAAAAGGCCACGACGAGCUUCAUCUCAAUGACAUUUGAGAUCAAAAUGAAUUUUAGAGAAAACAAAAAGGAAACUUAAAUUUCACAUUGUUCCAAUUCAUUGGCUGCCCAGAGGCAAGCGGGAGAGGACGUGCACCAUAAAUAAGUUAAAGCUUAAUUUUCCUUUCAUGCUACAUCUGGUGACGCCAGGGUAAAGAGCUGAUUCUGACCUCAACGGUCUUUCAUGUGGAAUGAGUCAACAGGCUGAAAGAGCUCACGUGGCAUUUUAGACCAUGGAUGAGACUUGUGUGAAUGUAAAGCGUCUUGAAGAAAACGAAGAACAAUGCACAGAUGAAGAUAAGACAGCCCAAGAUAAGGUGGAGGAACAGCUAAUCAGCUCUAAUGGGCAUUCAUCGAAACCAUGGCAACAAUCACGGUCACGCAUCAGAGAGUGUGUGCUGUAUGUGAAGAAGGUUCUGGUGUCUUUUGCUAGAAUGGAGUGGUACUGUUAUGCCCUGUUAGGGAUCAUCACCGCUCUAAUGAGCUUCUUCAUGGAUAUGACUGUAGCCAAACUGCUGAACGCUCACCAGUGGCUGUACGGAUGUCUGAAGGGUCACCACCUGCUGCAGUUCCUCUGCUGGACGCUAUACCCAGCCUGCCUGUGUGCUUUGUCCACCAGCUUUGCCCACAGCAUCUGCCCAUUCUCUGCAGGCUCUGGUGUUCCUGAGGCGAGGGCAAUUCUCUUAGGGAUAGACAUGCCCGAUUACCUGUCCCUCUCCAAUCUCUUCGCUAAACUGUUUGGCCUGAUAUGCACACUAGCUUCAGGCAGCACAGUGUUUCUCGGCAAAGUGGGUCCAUUUGUCCAUUUAUCUAUCAUGGUGGGUGCGUUCAUGAGUCGUCUGCAUGAUUCCUGCCGUGGUGGAAAGCAGAGAGCAGCUAAAGGAGAAAUGCUGGUUGUGGCAUCAGCAGUGGGCGUUGCGAGCUGUUUCGGGGCUCCAGUCAGCGGUGUUCUGUUCAGUAUAGAGGUGAUGGGGACUCAUUAUUCAGUCAGAGAUUACUGUCCCUGCUUCUUUGCGGCGGCUUGUGGCGCAAUCACCUUCAGACUGCUUUCGGUCUGUAGUAGAGAUCAAGAAACCAUCCAGGCCCUGUUUAAAACCAGCUUUUCUUCUGAUCUGCCUUACCAGCCUUUUGAAAUAUUUAUUUUCGCUCUGCUUGGGCUGUUCUGCAGUAUUCUCAGCUGUAUUUAUUUAUUCUGUCAUCGCUGGGCUCUGCGUUUUGUCAAAACAAACAAACCCAUCAGCAGACUUCUGGCAACAGAAAAGGCACUUUAUUCAGCCAUAGUGGCAUUUCUCCUCGGCUGCUUUACGUUUUAUCACUCGGCGGGACAUUUCAUAGCUGCUGAGCUCACAAUGAAGCAACUACUUACUUCACUGUUAGAUAGCACUUCCUGGUACACCGUUUCCCAGAAUGCAUCUGCCCUGCCUGAACCUCAGAAAACAUUCUGGCAGGCAUGGAACCCACCUGGCAAAAGUUAUUUCCAAACGCUAGGAUUUUUUAUUAUUGCAAAGGUUGGGCUGUUGGUCGUGGCCUGCACUUUGCCUUUACCUGCUGGCUAUUUCAUGCCCGUAUUUGUUUACGGUGCUGCGGUGGGGCGUUUGGUAGGAGAGGGCACGGCCUAUUUGCUCUCAGAUGGAAUCUCAUCAGCAGAGAGUUUGAUAAAUCCAGGCGGCUAUGCGCUAGCAGGAGCAGCCGCCUUCUCUGGGGCUGUAACACACACGCUCUCUCCUGCUCUAUUGGCUCUGGAAAUGACAGGCCAGUGCUCUCACGCCGUCCCCUCGCUGGUUGCUACGCUGGUAUCCAACGCAGUGGCUCGUGCAAAGCAUCGUCCAUCUUUCUACGACGGCAUAUCCCUUAUUAAACAGCUCCCGCACUUGCCAUCUCUCAUCCGCGCUUGUCCAAAGUUGGCCAAUGUUCAGAUCAAGCAGUUUGUGAUCCCAGCGGGAGUCGUGCUGGAGAGGACCGAGACACUGACAAGUCUGCAGCGCAUCCUGAACGACAGCACAGACAACGAAUUUCCUGUGGUGGACUCUCACGACUCCCCUAUUCUCCUGGGUACAAUCAACAAAUCACAGCUGUGGGAGGGUCUGCAACAGCAUGGAAAUGAGGGUUUAUGUAAACAGCUAGAGGAUGUGUGUUCUAUUCAACCUGUGCGGCUACAACUGACUACUGAAAGCACUGUAAAGCAGGCUCAUUGCAUCAUGAGUGUCACAGGUGAGCAGCGUGUGUUUAUAACGGAGAGUGGGCGGCUGUGUGGCGUCAUCACAUGGAAAGAGAUGAAGAAAAUAAUCGAAGAGAUGGCGAAGGAAGUCUGAUGCAUGGACUAUCCAUUUUGAUAAUUAUUUCAUCUGCUGUUUUUUUUAUUCAGAUGUUUAUGUGGAUAAUUAUUCAUAGUGAAAUAAUCAAGAAAUCUUAUGCAAUUUAGUAGGCUAAAACAGGGAUGAAGUUUGUCGAAUGUAAAAUAUUUUAUUUAUUCUAAUUUGUAUAACAAAAAUAGCAAAACCACCGCCAGAACACUUUGCUGAACAUCUGUUUAUGGCAAAAUUGUACAGAAGGUUCAUUUUCACAUACACUGAUCUACCUUUUAAUUUUUUUUUUAAUGUAGAUUUACAUCUACAAUUUUUGAUUUUCAGUUUUUGUCAAUAGUUAUUGAUUAAAGGAUUAGUUCACUUCCAGAAUAAAAGUUCCUGAUAAUUUACUCACCCCCCAUGUCAUCCAAGAAGGUCAUGUCUUUCUUCAGCUGAAAAGAAAUUGAGGUUUUUGAGGAAAACAUUACAGGAUUGUUCUCCAUAUAGUGGACUUCAAUGAGGAUUAAUGGGUUGAAGGACCAAAUUGCAGUUUCAGUGCAGCUUUAAAGUGCUCUACACGAUCCCAGCCGAGGAAUAAAGGUGUUAUCUAGCAAAAACGAUUGGUCAUUUUCUAAAAAAAAAAAAAAACAAAAUUAUAAAAAAGUAUAUGCUUUUUUAACCACAAAUGC